GGCCAUGCAGUUUGUGUCUUCAUCACUAGCCAGACAGUGCCUACUGAGUCAAAACUAGUGCAAAAGAGAGAGAGAGAGAGAAUCAUCUGGUCAUGAUCGCAGCAAGAGCUGCAAACCUGGUGGCCAUGCGGGCCCUGGCGCUGGCCGUGCUAGUCCUCACCUGCGCCGCGGCGACGGCGCGCGCCGAACAGUGCGGCUGGCAGGCCCGCGGCGCGCGGUGCCCCAACAGACUCUGCUGCAGCCAGUGGGGAUGGUGCGGCCUCAGCGACGAGUACUGCAAAGGCGGCUGCCAGAGCCAGUGCCGCGCCGGCGAGCCCGUGCCCGUGCAGGGAGCUGGCGGCGGGGGCCGCGCCGGCGUGGCGUCCGUCGUGACGGCGGACCAGUUCGAGCGCAUGCUGUCCCACCGCGACGACGCGGCGUGCCCCGCCCGCGGGUUCUACACCUACCGCGCCUUCGUCGCCGCGGCCGGCGCGUUCCCGGCCUUCGCCGCCACGGGCGACGCCGACGCCCGGAGGCGGGAGGUCGCCGCGUUCCUGGCGCAGACUUCCCACGCCACCUUUGGUGGGCCCUACUCGUGGGGCUACUGCUACAAGGAGGUGGAGGGUGCCACGUCAGACUUCUGCGUGCCGAACGCGCGCUGGCCGUGCGCUCCCGGCAAAGCAUACCACGCACGCGGGCCAAUGCAAAUCGCAUACAACUACAACUAUGGGGCGGCCGGGGAGGCGAUCGGCGCCGACCUGCUGGGCAGCCCGGAGCUGGUGGCGACGGACCCGACGGUGGCGUUCAAGACGGCGCUGUGGCUGUGGAUGACCCCACGGUCCGCGGGCCAGCCGUCGCCCCACGCCGCCGUCACGGGGCAGUGGGCUCCGACGCCCGCGGACCGCGCGGCCGGCCGCGCGCCGGGCUACGGGCUCGCCACGAACAUCCUCACCGGCGGGCUCCAGUGCGCCGCCGGAGGCGACGGCGGCGCCGACCGGGCCGCCUUCUACAGGCGCUACUGCGACGUGCUCGGCGUCAGCUACGGGCCCAACCUGGACUGCCACGGCCAGGCGCCGUUCGACGGGGACAUCGUGUCGUCGUCGGCGGCGGCGGCGAACUAGACAUCUCUGUGCCGCCGUGCCCGUGCCGGCCCCGAAUAAAAAACUGCGCGCCGCGUACGGCGCGCGUACGACACGUUCGCUCCGCUCUGCAUCCGGAGCGAGCGAGCGAGUUUGCUACGUAUGCUGUGGUUUCGGGCGAGGAAUUCUUCAUGGAUCUGUGAAAGCCCGUAUGUAUUAUGCAUGGUCUCAUGACAUGAUCAUGGUAUGAAUAAAGUAGUGUCGAUCUUCUUGAACGUA